AUCACCUUCAAAUCUUUGUUCAGGUUGGGCUGCACAUCAGAUGAAAGGAAAAGCAUGUGAUGGCAGAGCAGAAGGGUGUUAAAAGGUAGAUUUGAGUUUUGUCUGACAUUUAUCCCAGGCCCGCCUUGUGAGUACAAGGGAGAGGGCCUUUUCUGCUGUGGCCCCCUGAUUGUGGAACUCACUACCUACUGAAAUUAGGCAAGCUCCCACGCUGUUAGCUUUUAGGAAAGACUUGAAAACAUGGCUCUUCCGCUGUGCCUUCGGUGAGUAAUUUCUGUUAUAUAUUUCUGUGUUACUCCCACCCCGAACAUCUAUCCUCUAGAUUACCCUACUUCCAUAUGUCCCUGCCCGCAGUGGAGUACCCCUCUGUCCCUCUCACUCCAGGUUUUAUCUUUGUGUUCAUGCGGCCUGCCCUUGUUUUAUUGUUUUUUGAUUUCUUGAUGUAAUGCCUAUUAUUAUUUAUUGUAUUUUUAAUGGUGCUAUGAUAUGUUGUUUUUAUAUUUUAUUAUAUUGUAUUGCUCUGGGCAUGGCCCCAUGUUAGCCGCCCCGAGUCCCCGUUGGGGAGAUGGUGGCGGGGUAUAAAUAAAGUUUUAUUAUUAUUAUUAUUAUUAAGGAAGGGUCUUGUGAAGACAUUUAUUUUCCAAAGACUUCCUCAAGCUGACUGUCGUGGCUGGGAAUGGUAUCUUUCACCUUUGGUAUCUUCCACAUUAAGAAAAGGUUGUCCUGGGACUACAGAAUCCAACACAAUAAACAUGCACAGUAAAUAAUAACUUGAUUUUCCUUUCUUAGAUUUUAAUUUCCUAUUUCUUUAUGAACAACUGGAGAAGAAUGUUCAUUAUGAUAUAAUUUUUUAUUGCUGCUCACUUGGCCAGUUUUCCCAAAUAAGUGCCAAUACAAACUAUAUCGUACCCUGUAUCAUUACAGAUUGUUUAUCUUGUGUAUUUUUGUUUUUGUCCUUGGUUUGCAUCUCUUUCCUGAGUACAACACAUGGUUUCCACGGAAACUAAUGAGGGCCCUUUGCAAUUUUGGUAUCCAUGGCAAAUGAGGACAUGCUGCAUAAUACUCUGAAUCUGAGAAGUACAAGCAUAUUCAAAGGAGUGCCACAAAAAUGCACUGAAUGGUCUCCUUAAAAUCCAAGUUUUUUUCAUGGCAGUUUUUCCUAAGGACCUGCUGCAGCUAGAAUUUUGAGAUGUCACGUAGAGGUUUUAGCAUAGCCACCACAAAUUUUUCACCUGCUAACAACCUCCCUCCUUUUUCUGCUUUUUAAUGUAUGAGACUGAACAGGUGGCUUCAGAGUAUUCUGAACGUUCUGAAAAUAAGACUGAAUGGCUCAAGACGUGGGCAUCAAUUCUCUACUUAGGAUGAUCUGGAAACUCGCUUUAUCCUUGUUUCUUGUGUCCACUCUGAUUCAUGUGUCAGAAAGCAGAAAAAAUCGGCCUGCAGGAGCCAUCCCUUCUCCUUACAAAGACAGUAGAAGCAACAACUCAGAGAGACGACAACAUCUAAACAAAGAGGUCCUGGCCUCUAGCCAAGAAGCCCUGGUGGUCACCGAAAGGAAGUAUCUGAAAAGUGAUUGGUGCAAAACACAACCUUUGCGCCAGACCGUUAGUGAGGAGGGCUGUAUCAGUCGCACCAUCAUCAACCGUUUCUGCUAUGGCCAAUGUAAUUCCUUCUAUAUCCCAAGGCAUGUGAAGAAGGAAGAGGAGUCAUUCCAGUCCUGUGCCUUCUGCAAGCCUCAGAAAGUCACCUCCUUCACUGUGGAGCUAGAGUGCCCUGGGCUGGACCCACCUUUCCGACUUAAGAAAAUCCAGAAAGUCAAGCAGUGUCGCUGUAUGUCUGUGAAUCUGAGCAGUACAGGCAAACAGCGAAAGUGAGCACAGGCAGUCCAUCCAGCCAGAGUCAGAAUUGCUUCUCUUUUUUCUAUAGACAAACUGUCUGAUUGUGUUUAUUUCUCUUGGUGGAUUUCUAGAGCAGCACCAUUUGUGUACUGGGAAUCAUGGCUGUUCUGAGGCGUCCUUCUCUAUUACCAAAGCAGCUGUUUAACCACUGGAUCUGUAUGACUGAAGCAUCCAACAUAGGGUAACUUUGGUGGCCAGUGGUUGACAUCCAACACUUAACACUUCCACUAUGUGGAAUGCCUUUUGGCUUUUUCUCCAUCCCUGUCUUUGGAUGAAUAGAUUGCCCAGUGAUGUCUAUAUGCUUUUCCGUCUUUUCAGUUUUGAAAUAUUUCAUUUCAUAAUUGCCAGUCUACUGCGUUCUUGGACUGCAUUGUUGACACGGAAAGAGACAGGAACAGUCCCUAUGAAGCCUGACUGAUAAAGGCACUUUAAAUGGCAUCUGAGCCUUAUAUUCCAUGGAGAUAAUCAACCUGCCACUUUCCACUUGCGAGAUCAAGCAUGGGAUUAUACAGCUUGUCAGAUAGAUUGCCUCAAGUACACUUUUCAGCUGUAAUGUUUCACUUAUAUUGCAGCUAUAGCAAAGUGUUGUUAAUAUAGACAUGAGCAUGCAUAUUUUUGAACUCACUUUACUAUCCAAAAGGCUAAGAAAAAGCAACUAUUCAACUAUUGGACUAGGUUCUUUGAACAAAACAAGAUUUUCAGUAAUGUUAAUUUCUGUGCCAGGUGUUUGCAUUAUAUUUAAACUUUCUUUCCACUGAGUCACUAUUGUGAAUUUCUUCUAAACUUAUGCUAAAUCAGUACAGUACAUUUUUGUGGAAAGUAAACAAUAUUGUGUUUAAUUUAUUAAAGCACAGUGGCAAAAAAGGUAAAAUACUUCAUUUUAUAACAGCUGAAUCAAUCUCUGCUUCCUUUUAUGAAAAUUGUAUCUAUGUAGAAAUAAAGUGUAAUGUGUAUAAAGUGACAUGACCAUGCUGAUUCAUACCAUGUUGCAUGUUAGGUUUUAGGAUGUUUCACAAGCAGUCUGUUUAGAUGUAUCUGAAAUUGCUUGAGUAAUACCAGCCAUCAUCCACAGCAUGUCUUGGAAAUUUGCAUCUGCAGUGGCUGUAGCUGAAAAAAACUAAUAUUAUGCAGAUUUUUUUAUAACUACCUUCCUUUGAUAUGACCAUGAAAAGGGUUAAAGAAAUUGUUUUCUUUGAGCUAUGGGUUUGGUGCCAACUCAAGGGUUCAGUGGCACAGUUCUCUAUUAUGUGAGACUGGCUGUUUUAAGAAGCUUUGGGAGACUGAUCUCUUCUAGUGCUCAUGAAUCGGUUUAUGGGGAUUGGCACGGGGAGGAGGGAUUGGGCAGGUAUGUUAUAUUUUUCUCCCUUGGCAUUACACAAUGGCAAAUCUUCACUCAGGAAAGUACAAGAAAAAGUGCUGAGACUGGUGCUGUUGGCUGCAAUUGCUGUUCAUCACUACAACAUACUCUUGUGAGUUGAUCAAAACUCAAGCUUGGACAAGGUGGAUGGGUGAGAAGCAUUAGGUGCCUGAGGGUUCAGGAAUGUUGAAUCCUGAAGGAUGAGAAUCCAACAUCAAGUUCUGGGGAUUCAAAUUUAAAUUAAUUUUCCCCAUAAACUAUGUUAGGAAUGAUGUAGGAUGAAAGAGAAAUCCAAUUACACACCAGGGUCAUAACUAAUUUCUGAAAAACAUAUAUGCUGCAGUCAGGGGUGUCUCCUUCAGCUUGUUUUUGUUUAUAACUAAGAGUUGAGCUGACCUUGUAAUGGUUCAUAAUAUUUAAUUUUUUGUUUCAUAAAUGAAAAUGAAAUGAAAGAAAUGUUAUAACUAUAAUGUAAUUAUUUUCUAGGUGUAAUGUUGUUAAAUUAUAGAACAAAUAAAGAUACUCUAGGAAUAUAUAGAAUUUAUGUAUCAUCACUUUAUAUAUUGUAAAGCUUAAAUGAUAACUUGAUUUAAAAGGUUCCAUCAUCAAAUGAGUAUAAUCAAGAACAGAAUCACAUUGAGAUGGAAGAGGAGUCAUAGGCCAUCAAAUCCAGCAAACACACUUACAUAUAGAAACACCAGUUACAGCAUCCCUGUCGGGUAGCUGAUUCAGAGAAAAAGACCCCAUCACCACUCUUGUUAAUUCAUUGCCAAAUUGCUCAUACCAUCAAGAAGUGCCUUCUAAGAUCCAAUUAAAAGCUAUCUUCCAGUAACUUAAAACUAUUACACCUGGCCGCAAAGAACAAAUCUGUAAUUUCAUUUCUCUGACAACCCUUUAGAAUAUUUAUAUAUUCCCUGGUCAUCUGUCAGGGCUGCUUUGAAUGUCAUUUUCCUGCUUCUUGGCAGGGGGUUGGACUGGAUGGCCCAUGAGGUCUCUUCCAACUCUAUGAAUCUAUGAUUCUAUUAAAUCACUCCAGUCCAGGUUUUUUAAGUCAUAAUGUAUAUGUAUUGUGAACAAAAUAACUGAAACUAAAUCUUUAAAUAGGUCAUUUUUUCUCUGACUUUUCCCUCCUCCAUUUAUUUCUAUGCAUAGGACAUUAUUGCACAAGGCAGGAAAACUAGCAUUGAAGCUGGACCAUCACCUUUGGUUAGAGUCCCAUUUGCCACAUCAUGUGUAUCUCACUGCAGGAUUCUCUCCUCCCCAUGAUAGAAUAAUCCCUUGUUAUUGAUGGGCAAAACCCAUUAAUAACUCAUAAUCCUUCAAGGUUCCUGUCAUUGUGUGAUGGAUCUGCUCCACUUCUGUGCUAGCAUGCUAACAGUAAUAUAUCAGAAGGUGGGAUUAUCCUUCUCUGACUCUUUCACAUGUCACCAUUCCCAAGCUGUUUUGCUUUUAUUUAAUACUUUUCAGUUACAUUUACUCUUUGUUAACCAUUGCUGAAACUGAAAAGUUGUAAAUCUUUUUUUAAAAGAUAUGGAGCACUGAAAUUGUGGGAAGGCACAUUUACAAGAGUAUAUUGAAAUAAGAUCACAGAACCAUAACUUGGCAAAUUGGGACAAUUGUGUGAGGGAAGAAAGGUGCAUCAUUGAAGGUGCUCAUUCUGUUAUGUAUCUCCUAUAUCUGACUGCACAACUGCCACGGAAUAGAGACUUUGUGAAAUAAAGUUCUUAAUAUUUGUUAUCUAUUUUACAAAGAGAAAUACUGUGUAGCAUUCUACAUCAAACACAAAACUAAAAUGCAUAAAGGUUACAAUCUUUUAUUUGAAAGGCCUUUGAAUUUGUAAUUAAAAUUUGUUUUUAAAACUAAAAAUGAAUGUUCUCACAAUGUACCUUGUGUGUGUGUGUAUAAAUCAUUUAUUUAAAAUGCAUAAAGCUUACAAUCUUUUAUAUGAAAGGCCUUUGAAUUUGCAAUUAAAAUUUGUUUUUAAACUGAAAA